GGGACCAGCCGGGUCCCCACAGCCCAGAGAUGUUUGUUCCUGACCACCCGGCGUGGGUGGGAGGGCCGGGAGCACCAGCGGGAGGGAUCUGCUGCAGCGGGACGGGGGUUUGUGGGACAGGCCGAGUGGGUUCCACCGCCCCGACCCGGUCUCUGGGCGCUCCCCUCUCCAAGAGCAGCAAAACUUCCCUGGCCCCUCCCCUGGCCCCUUUCCCGGCCCCUUCCCCGGCCCCCUUUCCUGGCCCCCUCUCUGUGCAAACCGCAGAACUCGGAAGGUUUCUGGGUGAGGCUGCAGAGCUUUGGUUUCUCACCUGCUGCUUCGGCACGAGGAGCCGCUGCCGGAGCCCCCGGGGGUUCAGAGGGUCCCUCGUGGAGCUUUGGGUGCUGCGGGGGCUGGUCCUGGGAGCUGCUUUUCCCCUGGGAGGGGCCAAGUGGGUUGGUUUGUCACGAGUGGGGGGCUGUCGCGACGGGGGGGCUGCCACGACUUCCACGCUCUCCCAGGGCGCGGCUGGAGAUGAUUCCAGAGGCCGUCCAGGCCCGGGGGGGGGCUGUAGGAAGGAAGAAGGAGCCUGUGGGGAAGGGAGGCGAGUCCCCACACAGGCUGUGGGGUCUGUGAGGGUGAGGCAGUGCCGGGGGAGCAGAGCGAGUGUCCGCAGUGGGAUGAGGGGGGAUCACAGGGGUGUGACCUCGGAGGGGAGAGAGAUCAGCCCCCAAAGUGCUGGGAGGGGGGAGGUCACAGCCCCCCCAAAAAACACAGCCGAGUUUUCCCCUCCGGACAGCCCAGAGCUGAUCAGGAUUUAUAAAAGCAGCUGCUCCGGCUCGGGCAGAGCCCCCCUCCCAAACCCUGGGCAGCCAGAGCUGACCCCGAGCUGUGCCCUCCCAGGACGAGGCCACGGCCUUAACGCUCCUGCUUCCAUCCCAAAGGGACCCAAAUCCCUCCCAAACCUCCCCCCCAGGUGCCCUCGCUCUGCUCCGGGGCCCUCUGGGUUUGUUUGGGGUGUUGUUUUCCCGGGAUUUUCCGACCCCUUGGUGCAGUGGCACAUUGGGAAUGCUCCUUAUUGGGAACACUGAGGGUGAAUCCCAAGGGGAAUCGCUUUGCAUUGGUGUCCAGAGCCCCUGGGAAGAGCUGAGGGGACCUCCCUUCCCUCCAGGGGACCUCUUUUUCCCCCGGUUCUGUUCGACUUUCCCUCCCCGGAGUAACCAAACACCCGAAUUUCCGCUUUCUCCCAAAUCCCCGCGGGCUUUUCCCGGCGCUCCUGGGAAAAGGGAGGGGGGGGAGCUUCGCGUGUUUGGGCACGUUGGUUGUGACAGAGGCAGAGAAGGGGGAAGCCCUCGGUGAGGGCAGAGACUUUGUUUGGUCCGGGGUGGUGGUGAGGAGGAUCCCUGCUGAGCCAGGCCUGUGUCCUCCCCGCCUGCGGGGCCGGGGGGGUUUUCUCUUGGCAGUGGAAGACCUGGAG